AUGCUGAAGGACGUCGGCGCCUUUGAUUUCCCUAUGCAGCAGUCGCUAUUCAAGGUACAACUUUUAAAUUACCACAUCAACAUGGUUCCAGUUGCGACCUCACCACCUGGACUUAUCUCGAUGAAGUCUCGAGUCAUCAACAAGUUUUAUGAGCCCCUGGUUCUUCUGAAGGCAAUGAACGAUGAGAUGACAAACCUGGCCGAAUUCGUCGACCCAGAUGAUCUCAACUAUCGCGGAGAUGUGAAGAGAAUCUUCCAGGCCUUCAUAUACAAGCUAGCUCAUGUUUGCGACAGUACCCCGGGCAACGGGGGCGGUACCGUUACCUCAAUCAUGUUGCUUCACGGUUCCGAGGCAACAAAUGUUGAGUAUCAUCUUGCAUCGAAUCAGCGAAUUGCAGAUGAUCUCAAGAAUGUCAGGGCAUACAUCCAAUAUCUACUUGAGCGAUUGAACGGAGCAUCAACGUCAGAAAGGACCUCAGAGCUGCGUAAGGACUUGCUAAACGCAGUACUCUGGUUCAACAGACCCAGAAUCAACUCCUACAUCGUCAGACUUAAGAAAGAGAUACAACGCUGCAUCGAUGAUGCUCGAAAUGACCUUCACAAAUGCAACGUUCUUCUACACAACCUGAUAAACUUGAAGGCCUCCGAGGUCUGGGUAUACAUCGACCAACAAGCGACAGGAGUUCGUUUGAAUGGAGUCACAAGCAACUCCUCUUCUUACUGGCCUGAGAUACGGCAUAUGGUUAAUCGUCUUCUGGCAUAUUGUAAGGACAUCGAGUUCUUCCUUCUUGCGAAAGACAACUGGCCUGAGAUAUUUCGAAACUUCGAGAUCUUGAUUCACCCAUCCAGUCACCCGCUCUCGCGACCAGGACGGAACAAAAGUAUGACCGCCGAAGGCAUUGUCGGUCGCAUGACCCGCAAAGAAGACAUCAUCGAAAAGUUUAGAGAAUUCGUUCAAGACCUGCAAAUCAUGCACUUGGACCAAAGAAUUCAAACAGAAUACCAAAAAGACAACUUUCAUCCAAUUGUCCACUCGGAGAUUUUGCUGCUUAAUCACCUCGAGAAAACAGCGGGAGGCGUUUCCCCUGACAGGUUCUUCAAUAAUUGGAUGUACAUUGGCAGCAGCAAGCCAACCUGCCGGCUCUGCGAGUACUACUUCGAGGAGCACCGGUCUGGCGUCGGGCAUCGAAGCAGUCACAAGAACCUUUAUAUCAGCUGGCGCGUUCCUGAUGUACUUCAAUCCGAAGGUCACGGAGGCGAAGAGAAGCGACAAGUUAUGGUCGAUAGGUUGCUUUUGAGGAUUCGCAAAGAUGCCUUCAAUCUCGUGGAGAAAAAGGUGAGGCCGACAUUCAGGAACCACGAUUCCAUCACGUCAUCCGUCAGCAUGACUCUGCAUGGGAAAUGGAGCGAGGCUUCCGACAUAUCUGAUGUCAUGGCCUCAAUGGGAAGUCUGCAAUUGAACACCGAGGGAGAUAAGUCAACAUACCCACUUCCUGGCACCCCCCUGUUUCUGGCACCCACAAAAACGCGAAAAUCCACCACAACCCAAUGCCCACCCCCAACCUCCUUUUAUCACAACAUUUUCAAUUCGCGUCCAAAUGGGCUCAUCUUUUGCACAUGUCUUCUUCUAUAUAUAAUGCCUCAAUAUACCGAAGAUCAGCUUCGUCAGGCUCUCGAGGA